AUGCCGGCCGAGUGGCGUGAGGCUGCUGCCGGCGCUGCGAAUGGGGUGGCUAAGGGGAGCCGGGACAGGAACGGAGCUGGCGAGGCCAGGGUGAUGGGCUUUGACCUGACUGCAGCAAGCAAGGAGGCAUUGACCCCUGCUGCCCCUGCUGCGUCCGCUGCAUCCUCCUCUUCCUCCAGUGAAGGUGCACCGCAGGCCUUCCUUGCUUCCAUGCUUUCCCUCUGCCUUCCCCUCCCUUCCCCUCCCUUCCCCUCCCUUCCCCUCCCGUCCCCUCCCGUCCAUGUGGGCAUCAGCCCUGGGCGCAUCAGCAGCAUGUGGGACUGGGCGGAUGCCCUGCCUUUCAUCCGCUUUCCCUCCCCCCCAUUGCAGACCUCUUACCGCCGCGCAUCAGCGGCAUGUGGGACUGGGCGGAUGCCCUGCCUUUCAUCCGCUUUCCCUCCCCCCCAUUGCAGACCUCUUACCGCCGCGCAUCAGCGGCAUGUGGGACUGGGCGGAUGCCCUGCCUUUCAUCCGCUUUCCCUCCCCCCCAUUGCAGACCUCUUACCGCCGCGCAUCAGCGGCAUGUGGGACUGGGCGGAUGCCCUGCCUUUCAUCCGCUUUCCCUCCCCCCCAUUGCAGACCUCUUACCGCCGCGCAUCAGCGGCAUGUGGGACUGGGCGGAUGCCCUGCCUUUCAUCCGCUUUCCCUCCCCCCCAUUGCAGACCUCUUACCGCCGCGCAUCAGCGGCAUGUGGGACUGGGCGGAUGCCCUGCCUUUCAUCCGCUUUCCCUCCCCCCCAUUGCAGACCUCUUACCGCCGCGCAUCAGCGGCAUGUGGGACUGGGCGGAUGCCCUGCCUUUCAUCCGCUUUCCCUCCCCCCCAUUGCAGACCUCUUACCGCCGCGCAUCAGCGGCAUGUGGGACUGGGCGGAUGCCCUGCCUUUCAUCCGCUUUCCCUCCCCCCCAUUGCAGACCUCUUACCGCCGCGCAUCAGCGGCAUGUGGGACUGGGCGGAUGCCCUGCCUUUCAUCCGCUUUCCCUCCCCCCCAUUGCAGACCUCUUACCGCCGCGCAUCAGCGGCAUGUGGGACUGGGCGGAUGCCCUGCCGCUCAUCCUCGCCUUCCAUGCUGCCAACGGCUAUGGGGAGGCAGCGGUCAGUGCAGGUAGCGUGCACUGGCACUGGCAAUCCAGUUGCCUCCAUGCUUCUCAUUCACCUCAUGCCCUGCCUCUCAUCCUCGCCUUCCAUGCUGCCAACGGCUACGGGGAGGCAGCGGUCAGCUCAGGUUCCCAUCAGCAGUGCCAGAGUGCAAGGGAGGUUGCUUCUGCUGGAGUGGAAGGGAGGUCGCUUCGUGGCAGCAGCACCGGACAUUUGAGGCGCCUCAGAAGUUCCCUCUUCUGUCCCCCUCCCCUUUCCCCUUUCCCUCUUCACUUUCCCCGUCACUUUUCCCCCUUCACUUUCUCCCCUUCAACUCGCAGUGCUGGAGUGGAAGGGAGGUCGCUUCGUGGCAGCAGCACCGGACAUUUGAGGCGCCUCAGAAGUGCCAUUCCCUGUCCCCUUCCUCCCUUCCCCCUUCGAUUUCCCCCCUUCAACUCGCAGUGCUGGAGUGGAAGGGAGGUCGCUUCGUGGCAGCAGCACCGGACAUUUGAGGCGCCUCAGAAGUUCCCUCUUCUGUCCCCCUCCCCUUUCCCCUUUCCCUCUUCACUUUCCCCGUCACUUUUCCCCCUUCACUUUCUCCCCUUCAACUCGCAGUGCUGGAGUGGAAGGGAGGUCGCUUCGUGGCAGCAGCACCGGACAUUUGAGGCGCCUCAGAAGUGCCAUUCCCUGUCCCCUUCCUCCCUUCCCCCUUCGAUUUCCCCCCUUCAACUCGCAGUGCUGGAGUGGAAGGGAGUGCUGGAGUGGAAGGGAGGUCGCUUCGUGGCAGCAACACCGGACCUAGUCACCCCACCGCCCUCACCUCUCUUCUCUAUCUACAACCACCACCGAGAGGCUCUGAGAGGAUUGGUGCACACACACGUGGACGGCCGACCCUCCCCCCAUGUGCUGCUGGUGCGUCCAUCCUUCCCUCCAUCCUUCCCUCCCUCCCUCCCUCCCUCCCUCCCUCCCUCCCUCCCUCCCUCCCUCCCUCCCUCCCUCCCUCCCUCCCUCCCUCCCUCCCUCCCUCCCUCCCUCCCUCCCUCCCACCCAAGCCUCUUACCAUUCAAGUCAUCCCACUGCCGUUGCCACACUUCUCCAUCUACAAUCCUUCCUCCCCCCCUUCUUUUGAGUCGACUCAAAAGUCAACUCAUCCCACCGCCCUCUCCACUUUUCUCCAUCUACAAACCUUCCUCCCCCCUUUUUCUUCCCCAUCCCUCCCCUCUUCCCAUCAACCCAUCUCCCGUCCAAUCAGCACGGGCCACCUGGCACGGGCAAGUCAACCCUCCUGCGCUCCGUCCUCCUCCCCAUGGCCCUCCCCUCCUCCGCCCUCCUCUCCAUUCCCUCCUCCGACUCUCCCUUAACGUCCCCUCUCGCGGGCGAGUCAGGGGAAGGCAGCAACAGGGGGAGGCGGGAGCUGAGGGUGGUGCUGCUGCAGAAGGGGGAAGUGAAGGGCAUAGCAGGGGUGCUGCAGGCGGCUGCAAAGAUGCCCUCCCUGCGUUUCUGCCUCCUGAUCGACAACCUGAACUUGCGGAGAGUGUGGUGGGGGGGAGUCGCGUGAAGGGCAUGGCAGGGGUGCUGCAGGCGGCUGCCAAGAUGCCAUCUCUGCGCGUCUGCCUUGUCAUUGACAACCUCAACCUCCAGGUGGGUACUUCAUGUUCAGUUCCAUUGGGAAUAGAGAGUGUGGUGGGAGGGAGUCGCGUGAAGGGCAUGGCAGGGGUGCUGCAGGCGGCUGCCAAGAUGCCAUCUCUGCGCGUCUGCCUUGUCAUUGACAACCUCAACCUCCGGGUGAGUACUUCAUGUUCAUUUCCAUUGGGAAUAGAGAGUGUGGUGGGGGGGAGUCGCGUGAAGGGCAUGGCAGGGGUGCUGCAGGCGGCUGCUAAGAUGCCCUCGCUGCGCUUCCGCCUUGUAAUAGACAACCUCAACCUGCGGGUGAUUGCUGUUGCAAGCUCUUCUCGGUUCCAGCAGGAGAGGAGGCGCUCAUUGCGCUGCGCCAAGUCCUCCACUCUUCCUUUGUAA